AUGACUAUCGUUUACCCUGCCUGCGGGUUGUGCAGGUUCCGCUUUGAGCUGAACGUCGACAACAUCGUCAUCGUACUUGAUCCCGGUGGCCCAGGGCGAUAUCGCUCGUUCGAAACACUACGCUACAGUACAUGGCACAGAAGCACGAUCCAUGACCGCGAGGUUUCGAUUCGCCUCGCAUAUCAUGAUGGUACAUGCUUCCAACUCGCUCUCGCCAUCGCCGAUGCUGGUAACCACUUAGAUUCCAUAUGGCAUGCCACUGUUCAUGACCCAAUCUGGGAAAUCUCUCUCCCAUCCGUCGAGAAAAAACGCACACAUUGGUUGACAAACAUUUUCGCGGGAAAACAGUAUUGCCUCAAAUUGGGCAGGAUUCAUCAAGUACCAACCGAGAUUUGGCGCAUGAUUGGGUCAUAUAUGAUUCAAGAAACGGCGUGUACUUUACUGAGAGCUCUGUGGAUACAAAGUGCAGAACCCCGAUGGCGUAACAACAUCAAAGCAGAAGAUACCUCAACACUCUGGAUUAAAUGCAUAUAUAUUGAGGGUCGGCAAUAUGUUAAGUCCCUUUCGACUGAAUGGAGCGGCGGCAGUGUCAAGCUAUUCGACUUCAGGGGCCGCGAGGGGAACAACAAGAACGUCAACAUAUUCGUCGCUUCCGACCGCUUGGGGGUACGACGAAUUAUUAUAAGGCCCGUGGGGGAGAUGCCCGCAGUUGAACCUGAGCCGGGCGUAGGUUGGAAUAUCUAUCGUCGGUUGGAAUUGCCGUUGGUCUUUGACAGGUAUUUCGAUGGACUCAAGCUUCGAUUGCUUGAAAUCAUGGACCGCCAUGAUUUCGAUGCAUAUGGCAACUAUAUUGCUCCUUAUAGUCCUGGCCAGCGGUUCCUUUUUCCUGGCCAGCGGUUCCGUGAUCCUGCCAAGCGGUUCCGUGACAUGCAGUGGUCAAUAAUACCUGAACUGCCUUCAGACUGGAGUCCCAAUAUUGACUUCUACAAUUACGGCCCCGAUAUCCCACGGACUGCCAUUAUUCCUCCACUGUCUGCCAUUAUUCAGUAUGUGGACUUGAACAGUCCUGAGGUUCAAGGAUAUUCGUUUGGUUUCGACUGCAACGCCUUGGUGGAGAUCAUACCGGACACAAGACAGAUAGAGCCUUUCAAUUUCGAUAUUGCCCACGGCGAAGAUGGUUCCUCUCCAUACUCAUGGAUCUACAUGCCUCUCGACAAUGAACAAAUCUUACAACUGUGGAUCCGUACCUACUCCUAG